GACAAUCAAGGAGCCUCCGAAGCAUAUACCCCCCCACUUCUCUUUCCUCGCAUUAUCUCCUUCCUUUUCCUGUGUCCAAUAACGCGAGAAGAGAAAAACCUUCGAAGCGUUUCAAGUUUCGACCUUUCAGAAUGGGAAGCAUAGACGGAGCCAGUUACGGUGCGUACACCUACGAGGCCCUCGAGAGGGAGCCCUACUGGCCAUCUGAGAAAGUAAGGAUUUCCAUCACUGGGGCGGGGGGUUUCAUUGCCUCCCACAUUGCUCGGCGUUUGAAGAGCGAGGGUCACUACAUUAUCGCCUCCGACUGGAAGAAGAAUGAGCACAUGACCGAGGAUAUGUUCUGUCAUGAAUUUCACCUUGUCGACCUGAGAGUCAUGGACAACUGCUUGAAGGUCACUCAGGGGGUCGGCCAUGUCUUCAACCUCGCCGCCGAUAUGGGCGGCAUGGGUUUCAUUCAGUCCAACCACUCGGUGAUCAUGUACAACAACACCAUGAUCAGCUUCAACAUGCUUGAGGCGGCGAGAAUUAACGGUGUCAAGAGGUUCUUUUAUGCCUCCAGUGCUUGUAUUUAUCCAGAAUUCAAGCAGUUGGAGACCAACGUGAGCCUCAAGGAAUCCGAUGCCUGGCCUGCUGAGCCUCAAGAUGCGUAUGGCUUGGAAAAGCUUGCAACGGAGGAGUUGUGCAAGCAUUACACCAAGGAUUUUGGAAUCGAAUGCCGAAUUGGAAGGUUCCAUAACAUUUAUGGUCCUUUUGGAACAUGGAAAGGUGGAAGGGAGAAAGCUCCAGCUGCUUUUUGCAGGAAGACAAUAACUUCCACCGACAAGUUUGAGAUGUGGGGAGAUGGACUGCAGACUCGCUCUUUCACAUUCAUCGAUGAAUGUGUUGAAGGUGUGCUGAGAUUGACAAAGUCGGACUUCCGUGAGCCUGUGAACAUCGGAAGUGAUGAGAUGGUGAGCAUGAAUGAGAUGGCAGAGAUGGUUCUCAGCUUUGAGGACAAGAAGCUCCCAAUCCACCACAUUCCCGGCCCAGAGGGCGUCCGUGGACGCAACUCGGACAACACGCUGAUUAAAGAGAAACUUGGAUGGGCUCCUACCAUGAGGUUGAAGGAUGGGUUGAGAAUUACGUACUUCUGGAUCAAGGAACAGAUUGAGAAGGAGAAAGCGCAGGGGAUUGAUCUGUCGAUCUACGGGUCAUCGAAAGUGGUGGGCACUCAAUCCCCUGUUCAGCUCGGUUCGCUUCGAGCUGCCGAUGGCAAAGAGUGAAGCUCUCGCACCGUCACAUCCCCAGGUGGAAGUUCUCUUGCAGAAGCCAGAUUUCUAGUGGUAUGGGCAUGGAUCUCCGAUUUACGGGCUGUGGUCGGGCUUUCAUUUUUAUAGGCUGUGUGUAGCAUGUUGGUCGCGCUGGUCAAGCUCGGGUUGGAUUCAGAGAAGGGAUGAAUAAUUCUGAUUAGUCGCAUUUUAUUUCAAAGUGACCAGAACUCCUACUGGGCUUGUAAUGUUGAAUUCAAUUGCUUCCCCUUGUUCGAGGUGGAUGGCUCUGGAACAGGUUCUCUUGUUUAUGAUCAUAAUGAGUUCUGUAUGUCUUUGGUGCU